UUGUUGUGCCACUUGUCCAAAAUGAAUCGCAAUUGGUUUCUGUACAACUAGCUUGUGAAGCUUUGAAUGAAUGUGGAAAUACAACGCAAGGUUAGAAAACGCGGUAGACAGGCAGCGUUGAAAGACUUGGAAACAAAGUCUCAACUAACCGAGGAUGAGAGGGACCAAGAUGAAGAUGACACAGUUUCCAUGCCAUUGCCGAAACAAGCUCUGUAUUCCUUUGCCGAAAGAGAAGAACCAAACAACAAAGUGGCGUCUACAGAGCAGACUGGUAUUCCAAACCUGGCAGAUUUUUCACAGUUAAAACUAAAGGUUGACCACGAAAGACGACCUUUGUGGGUUUGUCCUUCAGGAAAGAUAUUUCUAGAGACUUUUUCUCCGCUUUACAAGCAAGCUUAUGACUUUUUGGUUGCAGUUUCUGAACCUGCAAGUAGACCAGAGUUUAUUCACGAAUAUAUGAUAACGCCAUACUCUCUUUACGCAGCAGUUUCUGUAGGCCUCGAAACCGAAACUAUUAUCAGAGUUCUGGAACGUCUAUGCAAGACAACCUUACCUAAAGAAAUUGUGGAAUUGAUAACCUCGAGCACAAAGACAUAUGGAAAGGCAAAACUUGUUUUACAUCGAAAUAUUUAUUAUAUUCAAAGUCGCUUUUCAACAGUGUUAGAUACGCUACUGAAGGAUCCUUUGCUGGCUGAAUGUUGUGCGCGAACAACAAUGGGGUUGUUGGAACAGAAGAAUCUUGCUUUAACGGAAGUAAAAAAUGGUUCAUUGCUAAAAGAUGACGAUUUGGUACACAAUAUUGAAAGAGCCUUGGAAGAAGAUGAUCUCGAUGAGCCGUAUUCUGAACAAAGGGGCUUGAAAGGUUCUUCAGAGGUACUUGGAAUAGAAAUAAUUGCGGAAAAAGUUGAGCACGUGAAACGUCGAUGUAUUGAAUUAGAUUAUCCUCUGUUGGAAGAAUAUGACUUUCGUAACGAUAUUAGAAAUCCGAAUAUAGAGAUGGAUCUGAAAGCAACAACCCAGGUGCGUCCUUAUCAAGAAAAGUCGCUUUCGAAAAUGUUUGGAAAUGGUUUGGCAAGAUCAGGAGUCAUUGUGUUACCUUGUGGUGCAGGGAAGACGUUGGUGGGAGUUGUUGCUGCUUGUACCAUAAAGAAACCGACAUUAGUUCUUUGUACCUCUGCAGUUUCUGUGGAACAGUGGCGACAUCAAUUUUUGUUAUGGAGCACUAUCGAUGACAAAAACAUUUCUCGUUUUACUGCCGAUAUAAAGGUUAAAAAGGAUAGUGGCUGGUUGGGCAGUGUCACAAUAACUACUUAUACCAUGGUGGCUUUUGGAGGCAAACGUUCAAGAGAGUCGCAAGAAAUCUUGGAAGAGAUGCGUAGUAGAGAAUGGGGUCUUAUUUUGCUGGAUGAAGUUCAUGUCGUUCCAGCAAAUAUGUUUCGAAAAGUUUUGGGAGUUAUCAAAGCACAUUGCAAAUUAGGUUUGACCGCAACGUUGGUCAGAGAAGAUGAAAAGAUUGAAGAUGUUAAUUUUUUAAUUGGUCCAAAGUUGUAUGAAGCAAAUUGGCUUGAUUUACAGCAAAACGGCUAUUUGGCAACUGUGCAAUGUGCUGAAGUAUGGUGUCCAAUGACUGCUGAAUUCUAUAGAGAAUAUCUCAUUCAGAAUUCUGCCAAAAGAAAGCUGUUGUAUACGAUGAAUCCAAACAAGUUUCAGACCACCGACUUUUUAAUUCGAUUCCAUGAAAAUAGAGGAGACAAGAUUAUCGUAUUUUCGGAUAAUAUUUUUGCUUUGAGAACGUAUGCCCGAAGACUGGCUCGCCCUUUUAUUUAUGGUCCGACUUCCCAAGCCGAAAGAAUGAGAAUAUUUUACCAGUUUCAAAAUAAUCCCGCAUUGGGAACUAUAUUUAUUUCUAAAGUAGGAGACACGAGUAUAGAUUUGCCCGAAGCCAAUGUCAUUAUUCAGAUAUCUUCACAUUAUGGAUCUCGAAGACAAGAAGCACAGCGGCUAGGUAGAAUUUUAAGGCCGAAGCCUCGAAGCGGCCAGCAUUUCAAUGCUUAUUUUUAUUCACUAGUGAGCACGGACACUCAAGAAAUGUAUUAUUCAUCCAAGAGACAACAAUUUUUAAUUGAGCAAGGCUAUAGCUUUCAAGUUAUUACUCAUUUGGAAGGGAUGCAAGAAGAAAGACAUCAUUUGGCGUAUUAUCGGAAGGAGGAGCAGUUGAGUCUAUUAGCGGCUGUGUUGGCUGCUGAUGAAAAAGAAACGGAAGAAGAGUUUGUUGAAGAUUCAGAUCCGAGUGGAGAUGUUGCCAGAAUUCUUUCAAAGGAUGGACGGCAGUUGACGAAAAGAACGAAUCGGUCACUUAGAAAAUUAAGUGGAGCAGAUGGUUUAGUCUAUCGGGAGUAUGAUACUGCGCAGACGAAAAAUGUUUCUUCUAUAUUUGAACGAAAAGUAAUCCAUCAUCCUCUGUUUAGGAAGAGAUUAUCAAAGAAAUGAUUUCAUCGGGAUAAAUAUUACUUUCUUUGAAAUCAAGAUGAACAUUUAUUUACAUAUCAUUUUUAUGACUUGUUCUCCUUAUGAAAAGCUAAGGGAUCAAAGAUAGUUACAGGAUGUUCGCGAAACUUUCGCAGGAACAGAAGAGACCAUCUCUCCUUCUUCUCCAGUUCAUUACGAGCAAAAGCUUCCCUCUCAGAUUUUUUCCACACUACGGAUGGAUUAUGCAGCAGUUGAUCAACAGACAGGAAAGUUGCCAUAACUAAAGACAAAGAGACGCAUGCAAGCAAUGGAUAUACCUAGGCCUCUUAAGUACACUUAUUAUCUCUUAAUCAUUCAAAACGUACUUCCUUGUUUCUUCCUGAUGAGAGAGUUCUUUGAAAGAAACCAAGAGCUCCCAUUUGAUAGUUCAAAUGUUCUUCACACGAAAAUGCGUAUCUCACAUUGUUUGCCUCACUAUUUAAAGUUCAGCUGCAUCUUUGCAUGUCACGGCAAUGCCCAUUCAAUGCAGAUCCAUUGUUCGACCCUUCCCUAAAAAUUGCAACAUUCAAGCAUCCAAAGUGUAAAGAUGCAGUCGUUCUCACUGCAAGUCCGAAUAUAUAUCUUUUUGGUCUUCAGAAAGUCUUAUCGAGAAUUGAGGACCUUGAAGUAGAUAUGGUCGUCGUCAUAAAUAAAAACCUUUCAUCUAUC